CUUCAACGGAGUAGUCAACUUACAUCUCCAGCUUGACAUCAUCUCCACCCGGAACUCAAUAUAACCAUCUAACACGAACAAACCCAUAAACCAUCAACAAAACCAAACCCAAACCCACACCCAUCCACACACAAGAAAACAAUGACCUACCAAAUAACCACGGAGGGCACCCUCAGCCCACCAACCGCCCCGGGCAUCAUCUCCUUCCUCGAAUCCUUCUACCGCACCAGCGACACCGAAUCCGCCCAUGAGCAAUACGUCCAGAACUUCACGGAAGACGCCACGCUGAUCAUGGGCCCGAAGGUCGCGAAGGGGAGGGACGAAAUCCUCCCCCUCCGCCACAGCCUCUGGACGCACGUCGCCUCGCGCAAACACACCCCGGAGAAGGUGUAUUUCGGUGGCGACCGCGAGGUAAUGCUCUACGGGACCGUGAAGUAUGUGUUGCGGAAUGAUCCGGGAAAUGAGGUGGAGGUGCCCUGGGCUGGACGGGUGGUGUUUGAUGAGGAGGAGAGCGCGGGGUUGAGGAUGCGGUUUUAUCAGGUUUAUUUGGAUCCUAGUGCGCAGUCUGGGAGGAAGUAGAUUUGAGGGUUUCGUUUGAGGGUUGAUCCUGGAUUGUUUAUAGCUGGGUGCAGGAAGAU